AUGGAUAUCGGUUCUUCUGAGAGGACAAUUAAAGAGAAAAUCAAAUUCAGAGAAUACCAGAAGUACACGAGCGAUGUUAAAUAUUGGAUGCUUUUUACUGGAACAUGGCCGGUUCCUAAUCCAAGUAUCUUCUAUCGUGCCAUACCCAUUGUCGCUAUAACUUCCACUACUGUAUUGAGUAUCAUGCUUUUCCGUUUCGCUAUUGCCAAUAUUACAAGUAUCAGCCUCAUGGUUAAAGGUUUUUCUCUAGGAACGAGCUUUCUGUCGAUAGCUCUGAAGGUUUUUCUUUUCACAUUCUAUAAAAAAAAGUCGACUGAAGUGCAUACAGUUCUCCUUGACCACCAUACAAAGUUUUUGGCCGAUGAUAAUUUACGAUACUUGGUGCUCGAAAGAGUAACCGGAUUCGGCCGUUUAACAUGGAUCCUAACCAUUCUUGUAUAUAGUGGCUGUUUGAUGUAUUUCCUCAUUCCUAUCAUUUCCAUAAUUGUUCAAAUUCGACACAACGUACAGUCCAUAAAAUACAUACUUCCGGUACCCGCCUUGUACCCAUGGGAAAUAUAUCCUGGAGGCGUCGUGUACAUAGCAACGUAUAUAUUCGAAACCUAUAAUAUAUUGUGCUUAGGUAUUGUUACAUGCGGUGUCGAUUCACUAUUUGGAUAUUAUAUUUUUCACAUAACCGGACAGCUUCGAGUUCUGGGUUAUCAGAUGAUGAAUUUGAAAUCGACGGAUAAUCAGGCUGAGUUCAUACGCGAAUGGGUUACAAAAUCUCUGGUGCUGAGAGAGUGCUGUGACUGCUUACAGACAAUCUACGGCCCUAUCAUUGUCUGGCAGAUCAUCACAAAUUCAGCUGUGAUAUGUACUGUACUGUUCCAAAUUUCACAAGCAUCAGGAAUUUCGUUAGGAAGGUAUAUUCUCAUUAUCGGUUACAGUGGAACGAAAAUAAUGCAAACUUAUAUAUAUAGCUGGGCUGGCUCUGUCCUGACCGUUGAGAGUGAAGCGUUGUCGGAAGCUUUGUACUUCAGCGAUUGGGUGGGUGCGAGAUAUCAACAUUUUAAGACGUCGAUUUUAUUGAUUCUAACACAGAGGCCUCUCAAGAUUACCGCUGCCAACUGCAUGGUUGUUUCGACGGAUAUGUUUCUCAUGACAUUAAACACAGCUGUAUCCUACUUUUUCCUAUUGAAGACAUUCGACGAGCGAGAAUCGUAG